GUCGGGCCUGCCGCGGCCCUUGAGGGGCUGCGCUCCCCGGAAGCGGAAGCGAGGCAGCGGGAAGUGGAUGCGCCUGGUGGGCGGCGGGGGCUCCCCUGUCUGGCCUGGCUUCCCGGAGGCUGCCGGCCGCCCGGGGCUCCUCGGGAUGAGCAAGCGGAAGGCGCCGCAGGAGAACCCCAACGAGGGGAUCACGGACUUCCUGACCGAACUGGCCAACUAUGAGCGGAAUGUGAAUAGAGCCAUCCACAAGUACAAUGCCUACAGGAAAGCGGCUUCUGUAAUCUCCAAGUAUCCAAGCAAGAUAAAAAGCGGAGCUGAAGCCAAGAAGCUGGAUGGAGUGGGAGCUAAAAUUGCUGAAAAGAUCGAUGAGUUUUUAUCCACUGGAAAACUACGUAAGCUGGAAAAGAUCCGACAAGAUGACACAAGCUCUUCUAUCAAUUUCCUGACCAGAGUUAGCGGCAUUGGUCCUGCUGCUGCCAGGAAACUUGUGGACGAAGGCAUUAAAACCCUGGAAGAUCUAAAGAAAAAUGAGCACAAGUUGAACCAUCAUCAGCGCAUUGGAUUAAAGUAUUUUGAAGACUUUGAGAAAAGGAUCCCUCGGGUGGAGAUGCUUGAGAUGCAGGAAAUCAUCUUGAGUGAAGUCAAGAAGGUGGACCCCAGAUAUAUCGCUACAGUGUGUGGCAGUUUCCGCCGAGGUGCCGAAUCAAGUGGGGAUAUGGAUAUUCUCCUCACCCAUCCAAACUUCACGUCAGAAUCCUCCAAACAGCCCAAGCUUUUGCAUCAAGUUGUGGAGCAACUGGAGAAAGCCCACUUUGUUACGGAUACGCUGUCAAAGGGAGACACCAAGUUCAUGGGAGUGUGUCGACUCCCAAGCAAAGAUGAGGGGAGUGAUUACCCUUACAGGAGAAUUGAUGUCCGGUUGAUUCCCAAGGAUCAGUAUUACUGCGGAGUCCUGUACUUCACCGGAAGCGACAUAUUCAACAAGAAUAUGAGAACCCACGCCCUGGAAAAGGGCUUCACCCUCAACGAAUACACAAUCCGACCUCUGGGGGUCACCGGAGUUGCUGGGGAGCCCCUCCCUGUAGACAGCGAGGAGGACAUCUUUGACUACAUCCAGUGGAAAUACCGAGAGCCAAAGGAAAGGAGUGAAUAAGUGUGUGGCUAAGCCUGAGCCAGUUGGAGGUUCCUUUCUUGGGCUCAGGCAGUGGCUCCCUACACUGGGAGCAUAUUUACGACUAGAACUCACUGUAGAAAGUGGGGGGCAGAGAGUGACACAGACUGCUUAACUCCUGUUGGUGCUUCAGCACACGUGUGCUGUAAUAAUGAAAUGUGUGGACUGGGGGAGUGUGUUUUUUUUUAAAAAUAAAUCUUAUCUUCAUUUUCAUUUUAA